AUGUCCUUCGAACCCAUCCAACGGCGGCGGGUUCAGCCGCGUCAGAAGGAGAUCACCAAUCUGAAGCUCCUCACGCUUGGUGACAGCGGCGUGGGCAAAUCGAUGCUGGUGAAUGCCUUUCUGGCCGAGGGUGAGUUGCCGGAGGGGGAUGCUCCCACCGUCGGCGCAGACUUCAAAGUGAGGAUGCUGAAGCAUGCUGGCAAGGACUACCGGGUGAACGUCUGGGACACCAGCGGCGAUCUGAAAUUCCUCGAUGUGAGGAAUGAGUUUUACAAAGAAGCUCAGGGUGUGAUCUUGGUCUUCGACAUCACCAGCCGUCGGUCCUUCCAAAACUUGGAGAAGUGGAUGGAUGAAGUGGCGAAGUAUGCUCAGGGCAGUGAGCCCAGCUACGCACUGGUGGGCAACAAGAUCGACCUCCACACACGUCUCGUACAGGAACAGGUGGCCAGAGACUGGGCCAAGAGCCACGGCAUGCCGUACUUCGAGGUCUCAGGCGGGCCUGAAACAUGUUUCAACGAAGCAGAUCCUGCACAUAUACAAUCAUUUGCAUAUGUAUAUAUAUAUAUAUAUUUAUAA